AUGCCGAGCAUGGCCCGAUUCGGUCGGGCCAAGAAAACGCCAAAAGCAGUAGCCAACAAUGCUAACUCGGACAUGCUUGUAUCACCUACGUCAGAUCCUCCGCGACGGUCCCCUCGUGUCAGCCUACCACAUGUGGAAACCCAACUGAAUAUGCAUCAAUAUAGCGGUCUUUUUGAUCUGGACUCCCCGGAACGUCUAAAGGCUGUGGAAUCUUCUGCAGAGUCGAUUAACUCGCAUUCCUCGAACACCCGAACGAAUGGUUCGACCCUUACUAACAGUGACUCAAUGACAACUGAAUGGUCUUCGGCAGUCGGUCACGCAGCCACGGGCAAAUCCGGUCGUGUCAUACAUAAUCUACAGGAGGAUAUUGCCCGCUUGACGCGAGAGUGCAGUGUCUAUCGUUCCCGGGCCGAAGAAACGCAGCGAAUGAACGAUGCUUUUAAGACACAGGUACAGAACAUGACGGAACGUCUCCGGAACCUGGAGCAGGCACACGAGACGAACCUACAUUCGAUCUCUCGCAAGGAUAAGAAAAUCGAGGAGUUACGCGCAGAGGUGCAGAGCGAAAAGGAUAGACGACUGCGGGCAGAGACGGAGACGAACAAAUUUCAUCAACUGAUGGAUGAAAGUCGUGAUGAUUUCAAUCGGAAAUGCGCGGAGUUGCAGGAGAUCGCAAACCAUGCCCGGACCCAGUAUGACGUGCUCGCCAAAGCUGGACAACGUGAGCGAGCAGAUCAACAGAGGAGGGUGAAGGUGAUUCGCGAUGAGAUCGAUGCUCUAAAAACACGGCAAGAAGAAAAGGGCCUGCACCUUGAGCGCUUGGAUGCUGUUAUGGCCCAGAAAAAUCGUGAGAUUGAGAUUGGCCGAGAAAAUUUUGACAAGCUUUUUGAGGUGUACGAGUCUUAUAAAAAAGCCCAUGAUGAAGAAGUCCACGCACUCGUUGAAAGGGGUCGCCAGGGCAAUGCCGACUUAGACGCAGCUUUGGCUUCUUUGAAGGAAACUGAAGAUCGAAUGAAAUGGGCAAUUCAGGUCAAGAACGAGGUCAAAGGUGCCAACUAA